UGGGUAAAGGUGAUACUUCCUCCUCUUCUUCUUCUUCUAGGGGCGGGGCGUGUGAAACUGUAUUGAGGCUAUGCGUGUGUAUUGUGAUUGCAAUGGAUUUAUGUGCAGCGUUAUUUGGUUGGAUGGCAGAGAGAAGUCAAGAUGAAGUGAAGAGCGUUGGUGCGCUGGGGUUUGAGUGUACGAAGAGGAGAAACCACAGCGCUUAUGCGCUGGGGUCACUGGCAGCGCAUAUGGUGGGAAUUGGUCAUGUGGCGGCCCUCUGCCUUGGACGCUGCUUGUGGGUGCCAGGGUGUUGGGAAUGUUGCUGUGGCUCCGGACUCAACCCUCCAACAAAUACUAUGUCCUGGGUUGCGUGGGGGGCAAUGUGGUUAUCUUUCGUGAUGGCAGAAGUCCUGCUGGUGCGGGCAACGAAUGAGAACAAAAAGUCGUCCACAAUAUCGUGUCACAUCUCUACCGAUGGGUGGCUCAAGUGGGGAGCAUAUGCUGCCCUUGCCCACCUCCUCUCUGCAAUCGCAUUCCGUUUCUAUGCAGCUAAAGCCUACACCCCUUCUCUACCCGCCACCCACUCCACAGCUUGAGACUAUCGCGCGAUCAUUCUGUCAUUGGGAGGGAGAUAAUUGAAAAUUUAUAUAUAUUCUCUCAUGGAACAAUAAGAAUUGCUACAAUGAAUCCCAAACUUUACAAUGUAACGUUGAAGUAAAUGUUAUUAUCACUCGAUCGUUAAAUCGUUUAACUGUCAUAUACAUCAGCUCCAAAUAUAUCUACAAGGUUUGAAAUCCCAAUCAAAAGGCACUAUGCCAAAUCAAGAAGCAUUAAAACCACAAAUAGAGGGAUUGUGAUCGAGGAAAGCUGCCUAAUGCUUUCAUGUAGUGGUCUCUGCUCUAUCCGCAUAUUAUCGUGUAUGGGAGUGAGUUGUAACCUAUCUUGACUGUUUUUUAGAAAAAGUACCUUAUAAGGGCAGAAUAGAUGUGUUCGUUUUCAUCUUUUUUAUUUUCUAAUGAACUAUUACUUUCUAAUUUACUUCAGCUAAAAAAAGCAGGGGGAGUCAUAUGGUUCGAUUAAUUACCCACCAACCUCAUGUGGUAGAAGACAAAUCAAUAUACUCUUCAUCAUAUAGAUUUCUCUCAUGAAGUUAUCUCACACUAAACAUAUGUCCAAGAAUCAUCAUUAAUUAGGGAUGCCCCAAAGUUUAAUUAAUUCCAGAGAAUUGAAAUUCCAAUGGUAAUCAUGAGAGUGUGCCCGAG